ACGGAACACUAAGCGAACUACGGCUUCUUUGCAGCCGGAAGCGGCUGGUUUUAUGCGUUUAUGGCUUCGUGGACGGGGGGAGAGAUAUCAAAACAUUUACCAUUAUUUAGGCUACUACUAUUGCUGCUGCGUGGUUCUCUGACAACUCAGCUGCAAUUUUGAUUCGGAUCCCUAAAAAAAUCAUCCCUCAAACCAAGCAUGAGGGCUGAGCUGGGAGCUAGCUAGCCACACCAUCCGGUCGCAGUCGGUGCCAACCCUUGUCCCUCUCCACAACUUCCUACACAAGUACAGUACAGUACGGAGUACUCCGUAGUUAGGUUGUUGACGACACAAAUGAUAUCAUAAUUCCAAGCCCGCCAGCAUCCAGCAAACAAACACUAAUAUAUCCCGGUUUGUGCUUUGUUACGCUUGCUGUAGGCCCUCGGGAUUUUGAUAUGAAUGACGGGGUAUGUAUGACAAGGGUUUUCGCAUGUGUGAAGGGUCCCCAAGCCUUUUGGCGGGAUAACCCUCCCCUCUCCUUCCCCGAGCCCUUUACUGUGGUUAGCUUGGAUCCCACAGUCAUGUCAGAUGGUGUGGUGCUGUGGUGCUGGGGUGCUGGGGUGCUGUGCUGCCGGUGGCUUCCAUUUUUCAUAGGCUGCGGAAAACGCGACAAGAAUAAUCCUCGGACGGGUAGAUUUAUUAACCCCAGUCGAUGAAUAUAUCUCUAUCCGGGUGAUGAUAACAUCGCACAUAGCUGAGAUUCCUCCAGCCACACUGCAGUAUCUCUUUUUGAGUUGGCCCCGUUGCUUCCCACGUGCGUGUUCCAUAUGUUCAACAGGCAUAUAUAUCAUCAUCGGCAGGUUUAGCUUAACCAAUGACAAUUUAUGCGGAUGCUGAGGAUGCGGUUGAGAUGGACAUUUACCCUGUCCGCGGGUCAGCGCUGGCAAGAGGCAGAAAUGCCAGGGAGGAAAAGAACCAGGAAGGAAAAAGAAAAGAGAAAGGAAAAGCGGUGCAAAAAAUACGACAUAUAUAUAAAUAGGUAUAUAUAUAUAUAUAUAUGAAUGUCGAUCCUGUCCCUCCCUCCUCUAUUUUCGGGCCUUAACUUCUGAUCGCUUGGCUGGGAGCUCAGAGUCUUUUUGGAGCUCAGAGUUGGUUCCUCUCCCAAAGUUUGAACUUAACUUUAUCUAUUGUCUUGGGGCAACAGCUUCUAAAAAACACCGACUCGACCCUGGUAACGUCAAGGAGCUUGGAAUUUGCGGCGCUCUCUCCACUUCGCUGACGAUUGCGUGAUGCUGCCCUGGCCUGACGAGUCUGCUUUGUCAACCAUAUCGUCUCAUCACAAAUUUACAACCAUUCGAACGGGGAAAAUAAUACAAAUACAAAAUAAAUAAAAAAUAAAAAGAGAAAAGAGAAAGGAAAAAAGAAGGAAAGAAUAUUAAUUACACUCUUCAUCUCGGGUUUUCUUCAUUCUCGACACGCUCUCUAAUAUACUCCCUCUUCUACACUUACAUAUUCCCUCCCGAGUUUACAGAUCCUACUUGUUCUCUUUGAAGGGGGUCCUUUUGUCAUCAAUUCCGGCAUUAGUAGGGUUGAUAUUUAUUUUCUCAGAACCCAAGUGUACUUACUGCCUGGUUUCCUUUUUACUCCUUCCAUAUAUUCCUUCCAAGCCGAAAAUGGACUCCUGAUUCUGAUAUCCUGAAAUUGUGAGCCAUUGCUCCUUUUAAAGCUGGCUUUUUUUUCUCUUUUUUAUUUCUAAUCGAUUCGAUACCCCAUUCUCCAAAGCCCUUUCAUAUCCAUAUAAAUAUUUACUCUUCUCGCUUCGUUGUUUCUUUUUGCUACCCUGUCGGUUGUCGUUCCCAUUACUUUAAGUCGACACACAUACCUACACACACAUACCUAGGUCCGCACACACCUUCAGGUUACACACUCACUUCGAGUCUACCAUUCCAAGAGAUUCGUCCAUCCGCGACCCAAUCCCCAGGAGCCCAAUUCGUUUGCUCGUUCCUCAUACUUGUCUCGAAAACGGCGGCAUGGCGGACUCUAAGGGUAAAACGUCAAUUAAAGUUGGAAAUACCCUUGCCAAAUGGGUGGGUAUCAAAAAGAACUAUCGGGACCCCAUCGACGCAGACCCUGUUACCCGCGGGGAAUCAACGUUUUCUGUUGGCACAUCGGAUACCUAUGCCUAUGUCGAAGAAGAACCAUCCUCGGCAGAUUGGUUGCGUGAAUUGCUCCCUACUGGUCAGCAGGUUGUAGAAUACUUCAUCAAUCUCUUCCCCUUUUUGCGCUGGAUUACCCGAUACAACCUUCAAUGGUUGAUUGGAGACCUUGUGGCUGGCAUCACUGUGGGCGCAGUUGUCGUGCCUCAAAGCAUGGCAUACGCAAAGCUAGCUGAAUUAGAACCUCAGUUUGGCCUGUAUUCGUCAUUCAUGGGCGUACUAAUCUACUGGUUUUUUGCAACCUCGAAGGAUAUUACAAUCGGACCUGUCGCGGUAAUGUCAACUUUGGUUGGCCAGGUUGUCCUCAGGGUCAAGGAAAAUAACCCGGAGAUCCCAGCGCAUUUUGUUGCGAGUGCCCUUGCGAUCAUCUGUGGCGGGAUUAUCACUUUCAUCGGCCUGAUCCGAUGUGGUUGGAUCGUGGAUUUCAUCCCCUUGACCGCCAUCACUGCUUUUAUGACAGGCUCUGCCAUUAGCAUUGCUGCCGGCCAAGUUCCUUCUAUGAUGGGCAUUCGUGGUUUCGACACUCGUGAUGCUACUUUCAAGGUGAUCAUCAAUACUUUCAAACAUCUACCGGACACAAAAAUAGAUGCCGCAAUGGGUUUGACUGCCCUAUUCCUCCUCUACCUCAUCCGCUGGGCCUGUAAUUUCAGUGCCAGAAAAAACCCGAACAAGCAAAAGCUCUUUUUCUUCCUGUCUACCUUGCGGACCGCGUUCGUCAUUCUUCUAUACGUCAUGAUCAGCUGGCUAGCCAAUCGAAACCAUCGCGAGAAGCCAAUCUUCAGAAUAUUGGGUUCAGUUCCUAGAGGGUUCCAAAACGCAGCUGUGCCGAAAAUGAAUACCAAACUCGUCAAAAGUUUUGCAGGCGAAAUCCCCGCAGCGGUCAUUGUUCUUCUAAUUGAACAUAUUGCCAUUUCAAAGUCUUUCGGACGCAUCAAUAAUUACACCAUUGACCCGUCUCAGGAAUUGGUUGCUAUUGGCGUGACCAACCUUCUUGGACCUUUCCUUGGAGGGUAUCCUGCCACGGGAUCCUUCUCAAGAACGGCUAUUAAAUCUAAAGCGGGAGUGCGUACACCAUUUGCUGGAGUCAUCACAGCUGUUGUUGUUCUGCUUGCUAUUUACGCCCUUCCCGCAGUUUUCUUCUACAUCCCCAACUCGUCCUUGUCGGCUGUCAUUAUCCACGCUGUGGGAGAUCUGAUCACACCACCAAAUACCAUCUAUCAAUUUUGGAGAGUCUCGCCUCUCGAAGUCCUGAUUUUCUUUGCCGGAGUCUUUGUCACCGUUUUUUCCUCAAUUGAAAACGGCAUCUACUGUACCGUCUGCAUAUCGCUCGCCAUUCUGCUUUUCCGUGUCGUUAAAGCCCAGGGGCAGUUCCUUGGAAGAGUCAAAAUCCAUUCUGUAAUUGGAGACCAUGUUCAAGGAAGCGAUGGGAAACAUGGUCAUUCAUUUGAAGCGAAUGAGUUCAGCGAUUCCAGAGCCAAUGACCCAUCUUCAGCCCGAAACAUUUUCCUUCCGAUUAACCAUAACGACGGUUCAAACCCUGAGAUCGAAGUUGAACAACCUUCUCCAGGAAUUUUUAUCUAUCAAUUCUCCGAAGGGUUCAAUUAUCCUAACGCAAAUCACUACUUGGAUCACCUCGUCUCUACAAUCUACAAGCAUACACGACGAACAAACCUCGACAGCUACCCUCGUUUGGGUGACCGGCCAUGGUGUGACCCCGGCCCUCGUAAGGGCCAGGUCGAAGAGGAUCGUUCGCAUCUUUCCACUCUCAAAGCUAUCAUUCUUGACUUCUCCUCCGUUAACAACGUUGACGUCACUUCUAUUCAAAACUUAAUCGAUGUUCGCAACCAGCUCGAUAGGUACGCUGCUCCGCAACCUGUCCACUGGCACUUUGCUCAUAUCAACAACCGGUGGGCCAAACGCGCUCUUGUUUCUGCUGGCUUUGGCUAUCCAACACCCAGCCCUGGGGGAAAUACACGAUGGAAAGCGAUCUUCAGCGUUGCGGAGUUGGGUGGUAGUAAUUCCGCUGCUGCCCAUGAGGCGCUUGAGAGACGACGGGAAUCGGAACAAUCCAGUUCCAGAAUUCAACAAGAUGUCGAGGCGGCGGCAGGACAAGCGAGGAGUGAGCAAACUGCCCAUAGAACUGGCGCCGAGGAUGUCGUCGAAGAGACUUCCAGCACCGAGUCUGGAAAUGAGCUUGGAAAGGAAUUGAAUUCUAGUAAAGUGUACAACGUUGCCAGCCGGAGAAUUGUUGCGGUCCACGGUCUCAACAGGCCCCUUUUCCAUAUGGACCUUACCAGUGCACUUCAGAGUGCGCUUGCAAACUCUGCGGCCACUGCUGCUGAAAACAAAGUUUCAGGAGAAGAAUGAAUGUGGAGUAUGCGCAUUAUGAAUUAAAAAUUUAUGAGCGAGGUAGGCGUCGGAGGGAGUGGCAUAAUAUACCCAAUAUUUCGAAUGCAAGGGUUCUCUCUUGUUUUUGUUUUCUCAAUACCCACCCCAUAUCCACCUCUAUCCUUUGUGAUUUGGUCUUUGAUAUUUUUUAGUCAGCGCCUAUAGAAGGUGGGGCGGCUUUGGCUUUUGCGUCUUUGUUCUGUUCGAUGCUUUCUCGGGGUGACAUUAUAACUUUGAUUUGAUUGAAUGAUGUUGCCGCCACUACUUACUUGUCCCUCUGUUUGUUUGCAUCUGUUCGUUGACACAGAGCCUCUUUUGAAGUAAGAGAGGGCCUCUCUAAGUGGCUCAUAGCAAUUUCUAUAUUAUGAUAUUUGGGAGAUGAGUUUGAAUUUCGGGAUCAUAUAUUUCUUUCUUCGUUAUCUUUACUCCCUCUCCAACUCCUCCAAUCCAUGAAACGGAACCCUGCAACCCCCCCAACCCUGGUUCAAGAUAUCGGUGAUCAUUUCGCCUUAUUCCCUUCCACGUGUUUAGUUAAUCUUCUUCCUCUAGAAUUGGAGCGCCGUCUUAUAUGUCUGUCAUUAUUGAUAGAAAUCGUCAGACGAUAAAAAUUUUACCAUCUUUAUAAAAUAUUUAGUUUUUGCGUUAUGGUUUCUUAUUAUUUAUCUAUUUACUUUUAGCACCUCUCUCCCUUGGCUAUCAAUAGUUAUUCCUGGACAAGCUGGCGCUGCCUCUUAUUCAAUUUCCACCUACGUCUGUCAGUCAGUCAUGCUCUCUUCAGGCAAUUCAAAAUAUCUAGUCUUACAUCGCACGGACAAAUACAUACAUACAUACAUACAUACAGA